AGAGGGUCGCGAGCGUCGUGAGUUGCGACGAGUAUAAAAAUUACAGCGGAUCUAAACUUCCGUCGAUACGAAAAAAUAAACAAAAAAAUAAGAAAAUAGUGAAAAAAGAAAUUUUGCAACAAUUUUUCGUGGAAAAACAUUAUUUUUCCAAUUCAUUGUUGUCCGGAUGUGAAUUGUUGACGGAAACGAUAGUUUCGUCGAAGGAGAAACUGAAAAUGAAUUAUUCCCCUAAUUGACGACAAAUGAGAAGCAAAUUUGGUGAAAAGUGAUCGAAUUUUGUGUUUAAACAUUCAUCAAUAAUUACUCUCAUUUUGCUUUUGUUGAUAAACAUUUUCAAUAAAUUUUCCAUCGAUUUUCGUCUGUGGGAUUAAAAAUUGUGCUCGAAAUAAAAGUUCGCAUUCUCGUCACACGAGAGGAGAUUUCUCAGCUGAUUUCUAAGUCGAAAUCCUUCUCCUGGACCGCCUUGACGCCCGAGCACUUACGAAGCGACAGAAUCGUUUCAGUACCGUCGGAGCCGUCGGAAGAUGAAAAUAUUUGAAAAGGAUCGAAGGCGAUCAUAAAAUAAUGCAAAUGAAAGAAAAUUUAUUAAAAAGCUCGAAUAUUCGGUUGGAAUUAGUGACAAACGUGUGGGAAACUGAGAAAAGACAUAAACUCUGAGCCACGAAUAAAGAAGCUCCGUAAAUAAGAGGAAAAUAGCAGUUUAACCGGAAACGAGGAGCCGGUGGAAAAUAAAGCUUUUUUUCGUUCCAAAUCGUAAGGGAGAAAGAAAAAAACAAAAAAAAUGUAUAUGGGUUGAGGGAGAAGGAAAAAUAAAUGAGGAAAGAACAGUAAACGAGGCAGACCUUAAGGGCCCAUGUGCUGGACCAUGUGAAUCAUCGCCCAUGUUUAUUUUCUCUGAUCGAAUGAAAGUAGAAAAAACCGGAAGUGAACGGACGAGACAAAGGAAACGAGGAGCGAGGAAAAACGAGCUUCUUCCAAUUUCUCUUUUCAUCGCUUUUCCUUCGCUAAACAAUUCAUAAAUCAUUUUAUUAAAUAAAACAAUGAUUCGAGUGUUGAGACAGAGUGUGAAACAAAAUAAAUUUUUCGACAAAAAACGACCCAAGUCGCCUGUCAAAAUCGAACGUUUUUAGUGCCAAAAAGUUUAUCUCUACUGAAAAACGCCCAAGAAAACUUCAAGGCCGCGAAACAAAAAACAACUAACUGCCUCGUCAAUGUGUGCCGACAUGAGAAAAAUGCCGGAAGCUCAUCCGACGGGUUAUUCUCGUCGAAGUCCAUCUGAAAAACUACCAGCUCCGUUAUUAUCGCUUCGAAGCCACGACGGUUUAUCGUCGUGCCUCCGCUCUCUAGUGACGAAGUGCAAAUGUCGUAUUUGUGAUUGAAGCCCGAGGAAAAAAAGAUAGAAACGACCAAAACGCGUUUCUCCCUUUUUCUUUACCUCGAGGUACUAAAUCCGGACUAUCGGGGUCAAAAGUUUAACCCACCGCGUUCAGGCUCGAUUAGCUCAACAAAAUUCGCUCAAAAAUUGUGAAGAAAAUCGAUUUUUGGUCAAAAUUUCGACUUUUCGAAGGGCGCCGUUUUUUAAAAAUUUACUCAUUGGAAUUCAAACUUUUGGGAACUGAUACGUUGGGAAAAAAAUUACCUCAUUCCUCUUCCGCGUAUGCACGAACAAAAAUGGCGUGGUUUUUGAAAAAAUUUUGAAUUUUAGAUGAAAAUUCGAAUUUAUCGAAAAUUUAAUAGACCAAAACAUCAUUUUUGCUAGUUUUCUGCCGAAAUUUCGAUCUCCUGGUCGCUAGAGUUUCUCUCAAUUGCUUUAUUCACCAAGAUUCAAAUAAUUGGGAAAAAGAAAUUCGUUAAAAGUUGAAAAACUAAAGUUUUUUGGUUUUCGUUAAAGUGGCGCCAUUUUACGAAAAAAAAAGUGGAAUUUAUUGUUUGUCAGGGAAGUCCAGGGAGGUACUAGCACAAGAAAUCGUCAUGCUGACCACGGGAGGAAGCGGGCUCGCCGGUUGGACGAACGAAUUCACCGCGAUAUUGCACCAAGUUUCGUGCAACGAAAGUGCGAUUGCGUCGCAUGGCGCCAACAGGAGUGCCGAUUUUUUCAACUGUGCCGAUCAGUGCGGUCUCGCUUUCACGGGCUACGAUCACUUUUGCACGAUCGUAAGGUCGCCCAAUUUGACUGCGGACGUCGCAGCGAUCGGCAGACUUUCUCACUUCGGAAUCGGCGCGGGCGGCACGACUUUGCUUUGCCGCCCUUGCGACUAUUUUCCAAAUGGCGGCUGCGACCUCAACGUCUCCCUCGUCCUCAACGGCCUCGAGAGCAUCGAGGGCGCCUUCCUCUCGAGAAUGUCCCGUUUGAAGGACUGCAACUCGAGCCUGCUCGGUGAGGUCCUCGAAUGUUCACCGUCGUUGAACGCCUCAUCGGAUGACCUGGAAGUGAUCUGUUCUCAGAGCACAGGAUACAAUAAAUUAUCGAGAGGGCGGAAGCUCGAUUGGAGCUUCCUUUUUGUCGCCGUUUUUAUUUUGGCCGGCGGACUUGGCAAUAUUCUCGUUUGCCUGGCAGUAUUUCUGGACAGGAGGCUGCACAACGUGACGAAUUAUUUUUUGCUCUCAUUAGCGGUGGCUGAUCUGCUCGUCAGUCUUUUUGUCAUGCCUCUGGGUGCAAUACCAGGAUUUUUGGGAUAUUGGCCAUUCGGCAUGGCCUGGUGCAACGUUUACGUCACGUGCGAUGUUUUGGCAUGCUCCGCCAGCAUUAUGCACAUGUGCUUUAUAUCCCUCGGUCGUUACAUCGGCAUCAGGAAUCCUCUCCGGACGCGUCACACGUCAACCAAAAGAAUGGUCGCCUUCAAAAUAGCUGCGGUUUGGCUAUUGGCUAUGCUCGUCUCCAGCUCCAUCACGGUAUUAGGAUUAAUCAACCCCCUGAAUAUCAUGCCGGAGCCAGGGCUCUGCGUGAUCAAUAACAGGGCAUUCUUCGUAUUUGGCUCGCUAAUCGCCUUCUACAUCCCCAUGAUCGUGAUGGUCGGGACAUACGUCCUUACAGUACAACUGUUGAGGAAAAAGGCACGUUUCGUUGCGGAGCAUCCCGAAGGGGAUCAUUUUCGUCGACUAGCUGGCAGAUACGCUUCCACUAAGCUGACUGGGACAACUUCGCGAUCGUCUACUAUUUCGUCGAAGCAACUUUGGAGGUUGUCCGGUGGGAGCGGUGGCGGUGCUGAGAGUCGUAGCACGAGUGCUCGAACCGCCGGGACACAGUCGCAGAUCAGUUACGACGGUAACGAAGACUCGGAUCCAGGACCCGGCGGAGGCGGCGCUCGAAUUUGCGUGAAAAUGGAUCAGGGUACUCAAACUCCGGAGAAUAUUGCUCGUGAAACACGAAACUUCACUCUCAGAUCGCUCAAGCUUCACUUGAACGUGGCACCGACGCAUUUGAGCUUGAGAUUUCUACAUGGCAGAUCAAAAAGAAGAUCGCUGGCUGCGAACGCAGUCGCCACGGAGCAAAAAGCCAGCAAAGUGCUCGGCCUCGUUUUUUUCACCUUCGUGCUUUGCUGGGCGCCAUUUUUUUUGCUCAACAUCCUUUUCGCCGCUUGUCCCGAUUGUUCGGUGCCCGGUCACGUAGUCGAUACAUGCCUUUGGCUUGGAUAUGUAUCGUCCACGAUAAAUCCCGUUAUUUACACCGUUUUCAACCGAACCUUCCGGGCUGCUUUCAUUCGACUGCUCAAAUGCAAGUGCUCCAGCAGGUCAGCCCGACCGACGCGCUACCGUUCAGUGACGGAAGCAGGACGAGGUGCGAUGGGGCUUUGUGCGCCGGGAGCUUUGCCAAUGGCGAUAAGCUUACAGGGUACACCGUUGCUGACGCCGACGCCGAAUCCGACGGUCGGCAUAGCAGUUUCUACCUCGGCCGGUAUCGAGACUUCCGUUACACCGGCCUCGGGUACAUCCUUCGUGACGAUGAUGAAUCGAACACCGAGUUCCUUGUACCGAGACACUUUCCUCGUGCACGAGACCGAAGAAGACAAUUAAGGCGAGGAAGAUGCGAAAAAAAUCGACAGAGUGUUGGAUUGACUGGGAAUUUUCGGUUGUGCAAGCGGAAACUGAUUUUGUGGAAAAAUGUUCUCGUCGAACGUCUCUAAAUCACUAUUUUUCCAUAAUCAUUUUUAACCUGCGAAAUAAAAUGAAUUCGCAAAUGGAAAAAUUACAGGAAAUCGACUGACUUCCGGUGCCCCGAACCGGAAGUCGAGAAGUAGCGCUAUAAUCUGUACAUAUUUAAAUGUAAUCAAAUCGACCAAAGAAAAUCGUUUUAUCGGUAUUUUGUUAAUUGAUAAGGAACCCCCGAUCGUAUCAGGCUUCUUAAAUAGGCGGCGUUUGAAACUUAAAAGUGACUAAAUAAAAACGAAUUAUUAAAAUAUGCAAACAACAAUGGAUGUUACGAAUAAAGCAAUAUUGUCAUUUCCUUAAAAAAA